GGGAAAACACACAUCACACCAACUUGCCAUAUAUCCAAUAGCUUAUUACACCUAUCUUCUUCUCUCCAGUUUCAUUGUACCCAGAUUAUAACACAACAUGAUCGCCAUGCAACAAUGGAAACUACGGGGUUGCGCACUGGCUAUUGCACUUAUACUGCAUCUAUUCAUAAAUACAGCGGUUGGAAGGGACGGCGUCCAUGUCGGCUACAAGCAGCACGGCACAGGCAAUGGGGCGAGGCAGUCGCAGAUUCGCCGACAGCAGAUACUAGUCCAGAGCGAGCCCCAGGAAGCACCAGUAACGAUAACUCAGGUAAUUGUUGUUAGCAAGCCCUACGAGACAGACCUGUCGCAGUCAGAGAUGUGCCGCGCGGAAGAUAACGCGUUUCACAGGUCCCUGAUAUCAGAUACAAAAGACGUUGGGCUGGAGCAAAGCGUUUACCGUUGGUGGUUAUUGCUGCUUAUCAAGCCACUUUAUUUGGCCAAGGUUGCCGUGGUCUUUUUGUUUUUGUAUAUUCUGAGGCCCGCGUGCUUGGCUGGACUAUGGACUUUGCGUGUGCUGCUGUUUAAACCAGCUGUGUUUAUCUACUUGCUAUUCUUGGAACGGCCAUUCAAGACUGUGCUCUCGGUGUUUCUGUGGAUACUGCCCAUACUGGCGUUUAUACUCGUUGUCACUAUUGUUGCCAUCCUAAUAGGCGGCAUAUUUGGGUGGCUCAGUGCGGUGGCUCUUGGGCUUCUUAAUUUGCCUGUGGCAAAUGAACCCGUCGCAACACCAACGGAAACCAAAAAGCCGUUUACCAAGAUAAAUUCGCCGCGAACCGUGCAGCUGGUGCUUCCUGGGAGCAACCCAGAUGGCGAUAACCAACAUAUGCUUUCAAAAUUGAGCGAAAGCCAGCGACAGCAACAGAAGCAGCAGCAGCAAAAUGCGGAUGUGUGGACUAGAAGGAAAUAUAAUGCGCCUCCGCCAUCCACAGCCUACGCAUCCUCCAAGUCAAAGUGACUGGGCAUGUUUACAUACAUUCAAAUACCCAAUCAAUAUUGCAUAUCAUGUUUUUUUGGUAGACCUAAUAGCGUGUUAAAGAUUUAAAUAAAAUAAAU